UUUAUGUCUCGGUAUUCAUUGCAGUCAUGUUAGUAGGCCUAUUUUAAACGUGGAGAAAUGUUUUAUCUGUUUGAAGGUAUUGAAGCAAUACUGUUAACGUACGCUACUGAAAGUAGAGUUUACAAGUAGUUAGCAACUUAGCCAAAGAUCGUAAAAAUUGCGUUAAUCCGCAAAAGACAGAAACACUUAACAUUAUGUCAGAAAGCUUCGUGCUAGGUUAAAAGUAACUUUAACUUUAUCUCACGAUUCCGCUAACGUUUAACUUACGUUUAGGCCUGUAUUAUUAUUGUAACGCUGUUAGGCGUCCCGUGACAUGAAAUGUGAUUCUGACUUCCAAGGACGGGGGAGGCUGUCUUUUUCGCUCGCGAAAGCAGGGAACAUGUCAUGUCAGUGGAAGACCACAAAACUGUAGAACGCUUUUUGGUUGGUGAUUUAAAGCUAAGGUAGCCUAGUUAACCGCCAUUAAACUACAUCACAAUAUUCUAGAUAUAGAAUACUAUAUAUAUAGAUAGAUAGAUACAUACAUACAUAGAUAGAUAGAGAAUACUAUACUGUAAAUCCCAUGAACUCUUCAUUAUUCUCAAUUGAUAAUGCUACCUACAAAUGAAAACUGACCGUUAAAACUAUGUAGACCUGUUUUCACAGUGUCUACAACUGAGAGGUAAGGUUUAGCACUGCUGUGGCAUUUCGAUAUUCAAAUGGGUAAGUGUCGUGGGUAAUAGUUUAAUGGCAGAUAGCCUAGGCCUACAGGCUGCCCUAAGUAAAACUUAGUACAAAAGUGCAUAUAUGCCUACUGUCUUCACAGAAAGACUGCAAGUAGGGCUAAAACAAAGACUGCAAGUAGGGCUAAAACCCAUGUCUAAUAGUAAUGCAUACUGAUCCUCUUCUGGCAAUUUUUUUGAUGGUUGUAAAGGACAGUGAGCCUAUAGGCCUAAUUGAAAGUUCAGAUCUUUAUGAAACAUGUUUUAGAUAGCCCAUCAUACCUCAGGUCCACUUGUAGCCUUUUAGGCCUAGUGAACUGCCUUAAUACAAAUUUGACUAAACAUUUUAGCCUUAAUGUAAAAGUGAACUUGUGAGACUUGCUCAUUUAAAUAUUUAGGAUUUAAAUAGCUUAAAUCAACCAAUCUCGUGAUAAUAAUAUGUCCUGCUGUUUAUGUUCUGUGUGCUUCUCUGGCACGACAACCAUGCUUAUAUAAUCACAAUGUUUAUGUUUUGUCAUAAUGUCAAUGUUGUUACUCGAACGGUGAGGUGAGAGGAUUCAUUUAGUUAUUUAAUGUUAGGUGCAUAUGUGUAGGUUUAUCUUUCCGUGUGUGCCUGGGAGUUAACGUUGCAGGUGUCCAAACGUUGCCUUCUCUAAGCCAGACUCUUUGUUUUGCUACUAGUGAGUAACAAAGUAUUCCAACAAUUUUAACUCACUGAUCCACACACAACAGAGCAGAGGUCCAGUUAAUUCCCCUCCUUUUGUGCUCUUCAGUGUGUGUUUGAGUACGUGUGUGUGUGUGACUGAAAUAGCUUAACUGCACAAUGAGCGGGGUCCACUUUGUGGAGACUUUGUUUCGCCUGGGCUAUCCAGAAGCCUCUACUCUGAAGCCCACAGAGUUUGACUGGAUGUUUGAUGACACCGCGGAAACCCAGGAAUUCCUGCGCUUCUUCUGCGGUCUUGGAGCCCAGAAUGUUCUGUCUGAGGAGGAGAAGCGUGGGUACACAAGCCUAGUUGAGUUGGGCAAGCCCAUCCUGACCGAGCUGGAGCUUGAGAAAUUGGAACAGCUGAUGAGGUCAAGGCAACUGGAGUUAAACGAGGAAGAUGAGAGUGAUGAGCUCGUGGAUGUGGUGGAGGACACUGCUGACGAGAGUCUUGUGGAGCUCCAGCAGGAGCUGGAGAACCUGCACAAGCAGAAGCGUCUGAAGCACCAGCGUCUGCUCCAGCUCCAGGGUCUGGGGCAGAGGUAUGCUGACGGUGCCUCGGCCCUCUCUGAGAGCGCUCAGAGCCAGGAGCAGGACGACGGAGGAGCGGAGCCCGUGGCGGUGGCGAAGGCUCUCGCCAAGGAGAACGUGACCACUAACGUGGUGCUGCAGGACCUCCAAGGCGAGGUGAAAAAGCUGCAGGGCCUCGUGUUUGCAGAGAGUGAUGAUGUGGAGAAGCAGCAGGAGUACCUGCAGAUGGAGUGCCACUCCCGCCGCUCGGCUGCCCUGCUCUCCCUUCUCCCACUGCAGCCGUACCUGCAGGAAGUGCAGCUCGCCCUCCACAACAUUAUGGGUCACUACAAGAGGUGCCUUGCUGAGGAAACGUCUAUGUUGGAUGAGGAGGGGGAUGAUGGAAAGGAGGAGGGUGAUGUGGUGGAGAGGAACAAGGGCGAGCUGGCGCGGCUGCAGGCGGCCUUCCUGCUGGUCCAGGCACAGCUGGUGCAGGCGCGGGCAGAGGAAGCUGGAGCCAGGGCGUCCAAGGAGUGGCUCUCACAAAAGAGGAGCUCCGAUGCACAGUCUGUGCCCCCCGACCCCGACGCUACCCCUACCGUGCCAGCGGAUCGUCUCCUCGCCCUCCUUCACCAUUGUGCCAAGGCGCUCUGCCUGCCUGUGCUCCUGGCGGACGCCCGGGAUCAGGCUGAGACGGUGAAGCACGUCGCCACUCUGCAGGAACACUUAUGGGGGGCGCUGCUGAGCCAGCUCACCCAGCUGGAGCUGCUGCGGGCGCUGUUGGGGGCCGAGCGGGACGCUCACGUCGCCGCCCUCACACGCACGGAGCGACUGGCGCGCACCCUGGAGGAGGAAGAGGCCGCGUGGGCGUCCCGGCGAAGUGUGGAGCUGAGGCGUCUGCAGGAGAGCGUGCCCGGUCCUCAGAGUGAGCCCAUCCUCAGCACUAAAGACCCCACCGUCAAGAGGUUGCUGGCCAUGCUGGAGUCUCCUGAGGAGACUGACCGCUGCUUUGACUGUCUGGUCGACCUCACAGACUUGAUCUCUGCCCAGUCGGCUGAGGUCCAGCAGCUGGGUGGCUCUAAGGGCUUGGCCGUGGCUGAACUGCAGAGUCUGCAGGUUGGUCUGGAGGAGGAGCAUGAGGCUCUGAGGCGGACUGCUCUCUCUGAGGCCGGGCAGGUGCAGCUGUCCCCGCAGGACAUGUCUGAAACCAUGCAAGAGUUGGAGAAGCAGACUGCCUCCUUCUUCAAGCAGCUGCAGCAGGUGACUGCUGAGCUCUCCUCGAAGCGCUCCCUGCUGAAGCGGAGCGCCCCCCUGAGGUGGGAGAGGGAGCUGUAUGUGCUCUUCCAUCUGGACCCGUCCCAGCUGAGCAGAGUGCUGGAGGACUGGGAGGACCACGAGUGAACCAGACGACACAACGGCCUCAACACAACUUAUCUCUGCCAGCUCUCCUUCUGCUGGUCCACUACUUAACCUGAAGCCCGAGCACCCUCACCCCCGACACACACACACACACACAGACCCACUGCCGCAAAAUUACAGCUGGUGAAGAUGGCGGUUUGGUACCGCAUUAGAAGUGGGAAAUCCCAUAUUAGUUAUUCGGUCCGCGUUUUGACCAGGUGGCUCUCACGUCAUGCACCUUAGUUUACUCUUUUUUUCUUUGUUGGUAUGCGUGCAAUAGACUAUCUCUCUGUGUAUGCUCUAAUUCUAAUGCACUUUCUAAUGUCUUUUGUGUUACUAAUAUGAUGUUGCUUUUAGACUUUAUAUAUUAUGUCUUAUAUUAUGCUUUAUAAGUGACUGAGUGGAAGUUGGAUAGCAAUCCUUGAGGUCAUCCAAACAUGCCCUCACUGUGGUGUUUGUUUUGUGCAAUAAGUUGGUCAGAGGAAGGGGGGAAAAGCACUUUAAAUUUCGUAUUUAAAAAAAUAAAAUAUUAAAAGCA